AUGGUCAACUCAUUCGUCAAGCUCGUCGCCUUCGCUGGCCUCGCAUCCGCCGGAAUUCUUUCUCCGCGCCAGAAUACCACGCCCGCUGUUGACAUCACGGCGCUGACCAAGAACGUCACGGCCACUUCCGGAACCGGCGCCGUCAGCGCCGCGGGAACUUUGUCCCCCUUCGGAGGUAUUGGAGUCGGCUGUGGCAUCAACUGGGCUGAGGGCCAGUCUUUUGGAGGUGGUCUUCAAUCCGGCUCGGACUCUUUCGGCCUCGGCGGCGGAUUCACAAUUACCAAGGACACCAUGAACAUUGGUCUUGGCAUCGGCAUCAACCCCAUCAAGUUCAACUCCAGCGUGAACUACGAAGCUUCAACCAACGGCACUGUGACCAUGACCUUCACCUCCACGACGGCGAUCAAGUGUGAAGAGACCACGGUUGAUGGCGUCAAGGGUGUCAAGUGUACUUCCUCAUAG